GAGACUCCAAAAGAAUCCCGCUUCGCUUUCAUGUGCCGCCUCGGUCCAAUCAGACUGAAGGAGAGGCGGCCUGCGCGCGGCGUCAAUCACGCUGCUUGGAAGCGCCUCUCGUCUCGUUCGCUGGGAACCAGAUCUCACUCGAUCCGCCGCCGCUGCUGGAUGUGUACGCAACUCGCGCGCUCUCUUUUACGGACACUCAAAAAUAUCGCAAGCUUUCUGGAUUGAUUUUUUUUUCUCAUUUCUGAUGUUUCUCAAUUGCUCUCCGAUGCAGAGAAAUGGGUAAACUUCAUUCCAAACAUGCUGCUAUUUGUAAAGCGAGGGAGAGUCCUGAAGGGGAUAGUUUUGUAGUUAACGCGUGUUUGGCGAGGAAAGGACCGGAUGACUGGAUGGUUAAACAGAAGUAUUACUGCCCGAGCUCUCGUGCAGACCAGCAGAAAAAUACCUGCGGACUGUCUCCACGGGACCCAUUGGAUGAAGGUUAUGCUGAAGGUAUCAGUGAUGAACAUUAUCGUUUAGAAGUGGCCCUGCCCCCUGAGAAGACUGACAGUUGUAGUGUGGAAGAGAGAAUGCAAGACACUGAAGGCUCGGCCACUGUCGGACCACACAAACAAUUACAGUUUGAGGAGUUGGAGUGCGCCGUAUCAGUUGAAGAAGAUAACAGGCAGGAGUGGACUUUCACCCUCUACGACUUUGAUAACAAUGGCAAGGUCACAAGAGAGGACAUCACCAGUCUACUGCACACCAUUUAUGAGGUGGUGGACGCAUCGGUGAAUCACUCCCCCAGCAGCAGUAAGACCCUCAGGGUGAAGCUCUCCGUUGCCCCAGACUCCAGCCAGAGAUGGAGGAACUGCACCCAGAACAACACAGACACUCCCCAUCCCAAGCAUAAGGGAGAAAAGUGCAUUGAGGACACCAAGACUUCAGAGAAAAAGUCAAGAGCAUUUCUUAGGCGUUGCCAUGCUGACCAGCGAGGUUGUCAGCAGCACGAUGUCGAUGAGAACUUGGAGAGAAGAAACCAUUACCUUGACCUGGCCGGCAUUGAAAACUACACAUCCCGCUUUGGAACAGCAGCUCCUGCCACAGAACCAGCAAAACCCCACCAUACCACACGUUCAUCCAAUCAGACACGCUCACGUUCUCAGGAACCUGAGAAUGGCCACGCAUACUCUGCUCACCAUCGGCGCUCACAGUCCAUCACCACAGAUCCUCCUGCCAUCCUCUCCCGGCCCUCACACGCACUCCGUUCCCCCAAAACACACCGCACACCUCCCACACAGGCCUCCGCCAGUCGGGUGAUGAGAAGAGGAGCGCCUCCUCCCCCAGCGGCCACCAACCAGACCCCUCCGCACCAAAGCUCAGGUCCGUACCGACGACACAAGCAGAGGCCUAAAGAAGGGAUGCGCUAUCGGGCUCUUGGGCCAACUGUGACGUCUGGCCCAGUCAUAGAGAAAGAGCAUGUGAGGGAUCUGCCCAGUCUGGUGCUAUAUGAAGAAGGAUUAACUCAGGUGGUCCAGCGACACGAGCAUCAUCAUCAUCAUGAACAUCAUCAUCAUUACCAUCACUUCUAUCAGUCCUGAAGAGUAAAACACAGAUGCCUACAUAAUGGAUCUAAAUAAGAAGAACCACGAGGAACCUAACAAAUGAUCUUAUAUCUUCUUGCAUGGCCACAAUGAGGCUGAGAAGGACACAAAGAAUCAUGUUCAUGCCAAAGUGGCAGACAAUAUGUAAGCAUUUGUAUAUAUAAGUGUGUGUGUGAGUCAGUUUGAAUGUGUGCUGUUGUAUUCAGUCCUGUCUUUGGCAGCAAGAGAGGUUUACUUACUACGUAAGGGCUCUAUCUUUCCCUUUUCUCUUCUUUCUUUCUCUCUAUCACUCUGUCUGCCUCCUUUGUUUUAUCUCUCUCCCUCUAUUAUCUGAGUUGUUCUGUUUGGUUGAAAAGGUGGUCAACCCUGUUAAAUGAAGAAUUUUGAGUUGACAACCACUUUUUAAGGAAUACAAUUCCUUGGUUUUGUAAUUUACAUUGUGUGUGUGUGUGUGUGUACAACCUGCACUUCUAUGUGUGCCUAAGGUGUCUUUUUUUACAUUUAUCCUGUUGUUUUUUUUUCUUUUCCACUGAAGACCACUUGAAAAGCACUUCUUGUGCCAUUGCAUUCGAGACACUUUAUCUAUGAAGAGCCUCUCUCUCCAAAACAACAGAUCUGAAUCAACACCUUUUAAAAUGCAAUACAGGACACAUGUACAUAAAAGAACCAGUAAAGACGCUCAAACCAUCAAAAAGGACUUUGUUGAAGGACAGUAUGAGAACUAAACUCUACCAAUCUACAUGAAGAAAACAAAGCAUCAUAAUCAGCUGCUACCUCUAGUAUUAUUAUGAUUAUCGGUAUUAUUGACAUAAUUAUUAUUAUUCUGAUUUUUUUAUAUUUGUCUGUCUGUUAUAAUAUCCCACAAAUCUGCAGUCAUGUCAAGAUGUAACGGAUUUAAAUCCAUUGUAAGCUUUAUUACUGAAACAUUUUCAUAUGUUUUUUUUCCUGUCCCCGUAACUAAGCUAAUUACAUUCUAAGACCACUAGGCAUCAGAGUUUAUAGUGUAAUUACGUGUAUCAGACAAUAUGAGUUCUUAAAAUAAUCUUCUGAUGAUUGUAGAACAAUGUUUUGAAGCUUGUUAAAAAAAAUAAUUUAUUUGAAAAGCAUAUUCCUGUCACCUUUAUGGCAAGUCAAAAUGGGUCUAAUCAAAUGAUUGGAAAACAAUGAAUAUAUUUAUAUCAUAUGACAAUAUUAUACCUGAUAUAAUGUGUUUUUGCUUGUUUAGUUGUGGCUUCAAAUUUUCCUUAUCAGUUCAGUCAUAAGGCAAUUCAAGUUGUAAAGUGUAAAGGAUUCUAUGCUGAAAGGAAAAAUAGUAUUUUUAUUUCUCAGGUUCAUUUCACGUUUGAGUAAUUGAUUUGACAAGACAAUAUUAUCGGUUUUGAAGGGAGCUGUAAACCACUGGACUGGACUUCUUUUGGUACAGAAUCACAAUUUAGAGUUUUUAAUUUCUUUCCGAAUCCAAGAAUAUGUCCUCAGACUGAAUUGGGAUUUUUAGACAGUAUGGUAGUGCCUUUAGCUCAGUAUUGGCAGAAGUGAGAUGGGUAGCGAGAAAACAAGGAGUCUGGUUUAUCAGAAGUUCAUCUGUUCCCCUGCAGCAGUUUUAAACAGCAUUUAAAUAGUAUAUUAUGAAUCUAUUUUAAGUUCGAUGUAUCCCUAGUCACCUAGGAGGAGUGAGUGAGUGUGUAUGGCAGCUGCCUCAUUCCUCAGGGGCAGGAUGACAGUAUUGCCGCCUAGGAGUCUCCAGUCCUCCCAUAACUCACCAGUACUCCACUGACAGAGUUAAUGAGUGUGUGUGCAACUGAAAACAGCACUACGGAAGAUUAUGAAACACAACAGCCUUUGUUCAGACUCAGCAAAGCAGGUGUGUGUGUUGAAGCUCACAGCAAGUGUUUUAAUACUCCAGGUUUGUGUGAUAUAUCUCAUCUCUCUUUUUUUAUACACGAAAAAAAAAAUUGUGUUGAAAGCUACGAAAAUGUGCACUUGCCCUUGGAAUUUUGUGCCUCAAUAUGGACAAUAGUUAGAUAAAAAGAAUUUUGUCAGUGUUGAGUUGAGUUCAUUAUGUUUGGUUAUUAGAACCUGUUCGACUUGAUAUGUUUAGAGUGAGAUCGGCUGACUCUUCUGCUUAGGAGGACAUUGGAAAUGAGAGAGCAUCUCUGGAAAACCCACCUGCAGCUUCAGGGUGGUCUCAUCACAACGACACUCGACCUUCACUCAGUUUUGCUGUUGCAGGGGAAUGAUUGUGUGGUAUAGAGCUUAAUUCUCCCUAUCAGUUUCUCUCUCUAUGGUGAGAUGUUGUCAUUUUAAAUGAUUCUGACCAUUUCUUAAACAUGUAUUGCUGCUAAAAGAAAGAAAGAAACGAAAAAAAAAACAAAAAACAUGGCCCAUCACGAGAAAUUGAAGACUGUAAACAUGCCACAUGUGCAAAACA